ACAUCCCUGAGCAUUAUGUUAUUUCUCCCUCAAGCAUAACUUCUCCAGGAUCUCUGUUCAACCUGCUGCACCGGAGUGCUGUGUGUGUGUACUGUUUUGUAACCCUAAUUUGCAUAAUGGGCAACCUCUAUAGUUUGUGAUGUCACUGGUGCAUCCCAAAUCAUAGUACAUUAAAAAUAGUAUGCUAAAAGUGCCUGGAUGGUAUACUAUUUGUGAUGAGAAGAGAACCGAAUCCCAAGUCACAUGCCAUACAUCCUAAAUAGUAUGUGACAUUACAAUUAGUGCAUUCCAAAUCUUAGUAUUCCAUCCAUGCACUUUUAGCAUCUAGUAUUGAUUUAUUCUUUUUAAUGAGAGGAGUGAAUCCCAAUUUGCAUACUAUCCAUACUAAAUAGUAUGUAACAUUAGUAGUACAUAACAGAAUGUAAUAAUAUGUAACGCUUUUAGCAUACUAUUGAUUUACUAUUCUAUGAGAGGAGAAUUGAAUCAUAGUAAAUUAAAACUUGUAUUCUAAAAGUGCCUGGAUUGUGUACAGUUUUUGAUGUGAGCGGAAUUGAAUCCCAAUUUGCAUACUGUCCGUCCUGAAUAGUAUGUAACAUUAGAAUUAGUGUGUCCCAAAUCAUACUAUGUAAAAAAUAUUAUGCUAAAUAUGGAUGGUGUAUUGUUUCCAAUGGAUUUUCUAGAUCUGAUCUGUACUUGGUUUUGAGUACAGAAUGAGUACUCUUCAUUUGGCAUAGUGUUUUUGGCAUAUGCUAUAUAGUAGAGAAAACCAUAAUCAGACACUGGGCCAGUUUUAUUACGUAAUGAAUGUAUGUAGAUGCUAAUGAUCACAUACAAAUUCAAACAGCAUGGAGCGAAUGGAUCUGUGGCAUCAAGAUGCAAGUCAGUGACAUAGUAGUAUGUCUAAAUACUGGCAUACCUCCUUACUACAUACUGAAAAGUAUGUUCUUGGCCAUCACCAGUCAAUCGAGGUUUGCCCAUUGUCGUUGUGUGUAUGUUAAUGAGUGCGUAACUGGCACAUGCCUGUUACAAGUGUGUGUGUUUGAGUCCCAUCUGCGUCCUUGUAUGUGCAUGUAUGUAUAACUCUUGUUUCCCUGCAGACAUUGUGAACACAGCACGUCCAGAUGAGAAAGCCAUAAUGACCUAUGUGUCCAGUUUCUACCAUGCCUUUUCUGGAGCCCAGAAGGCUGAGACAGCAGCCAAUCGUAUCUGCAAGGUGUUGGCAGUUAAUCAGGAGAAUGAGCACCUGAUGGAGGACUAUGAAAAACUGGCCAGUGAUCUGUUGGAGUGGAUUCGUAGGACAAUCCCAUGGUUGGAAAACCGUGCUCCAGAGAAAACCAUGACAGAAAUGCAGCAGAAAUUGGAAGAUUUCCGUGAUUACCGUCGCGUUCACAAACCACCCAAAGUUCAAGAGAAGUGUCAGCUAGAGAUCAACUUCAACACACUGCAGACCAAACUCCGUCUGAGCAACCGACCAGCCUUUAUGCCAUCUGAGGGACGCAUGGUGUCGGACAUUAAUGGUGCAUGGCAUAAACUGGAAGGGGCAGAGAAAGGCUAUGAAGAGUGGCUACUGAAUGAGAUCCGUCGUUUAGAGAGACUUGACCAUCUUGCAGAAAAGUUCCGUCAGAAAGCAGCCAUCCAUGAAAGUUGGACAGAUGGUAAGGAGGCCAUGCUAACACAGAAGGAUUAUGAGACCGCAACUCUGUCUGAGAUCAAAGCUCUCCUGAAGAAGCAUGAGGCGUUCGAAAGUGACCUUGCUGCCCACCAGGACAGAGUGGAGCAGAUUGCCGCCAUUGCACAGGAGCUCAAUGAGCUGGACUACUAUGACUCCCCGAGCGUUAAUGCACGCUGUCAGAAGAUCUGUGAGCAAUGGGAUGCUCUGGGUUCCCUCACACAGAGCCGCAGAGAGUCUCUCGAGAGAACAGAGAAACAGCUGGAGUCUAUUGAUGAGCUGUACCUGGAGUACGCCAAGAGAGCAGCACCGUUCAACAACUGGAUGGAGGGAGCCAUGGAGGACCUUCAGGACAUGUUCAUUGUACACAACAUCGAGGAGAUUCAGGGACUGAUAACGGCUCAUGACCAGUUCAAAUCAACUCUUCCAGAGGCAAAUAAAGAGCGGGAAUCUAUUCAGGCCAUCCAGGCUGAAGUUCAGAAAAUCGCACAGUACAAUGGCAUCAAACUGGCUGGAAACAAUCCUUACACCACCAUCACCCCUCAGAGCAUUGACAAAAAAUGGGAGAAGGUGCAGCAACUGGUUCCACAGCGUGAUCAGGCUCUUCAGGAAGAACUCGCACGUCAGCAGUCUAAUGACCAUCUCAGACGCCAGUUUGCCAACCAGGCCAACAUGAUUGGACCAUGGAUCCAAAAUAAGAUGGAGGAGAUUGGGCGGAUAUCAAUUGAGAUGAAUGGAACGCUGGAAGAUCAGCUGACCCACCUCCGUCAGUAUGAGCAGAGCAUCAUUGAAUACAAACCCAACAUUGACCAACUGGAGGGAGACCAUCAGCUCAUUCAGGAAGCACUUAUAUUUGACAACAAAUACACUGCUUACACUAUGGAGCACCUUCGUGUUGGUUGGGAGCAACUCCUUACUACAAUUGCCCGCACCAUUAAUGAGAUCGAGAACCAGAUUCUGACUCGUGAUGCUAAAGGCAUCAGCCAGGAGCAGCUUCAUGAGUACCGCACAUCCUUCAAUCACUUCGACAAGGACCACAGUGGUGUCUUACAUGCUGAGGAGUUCAAGGCUUGUUUGAUCAGUCUGGGUUACGACGUAGAAAACAACAAGCAGGGUGAUGCCGAAUUUGCUCGUAUUAUGGGCAUUGUUGACCCCAACAACAGUGGCGCAGUGACCUUCCAGGCCUUCAUCGACUUCAUGUCAAGGGAAACAACCGACACAGACACCGCAGACCAAGUCAUCGCCUCAUUUAAGAUCCUAGCCGGAGACAAGAACUACAUCACAGCCGAGGAGCUGAGGCGUGAGCUUCCUCCUGACCAGGCAGAGUACUGCAUUGCCCGAAUGGCACCAUACACGGGCCCCGACGCGGUGCCGGGUGCUCUUGACUACAUGUCUUUCUCCACCGCCCUGUAUGGGGAGAGCGACCUCUAAGGGCUAACUCCAGAACUCCAGAGCAGUUCUCUCUCCUGCAUCAGUGCUGAUCUUCUCACAGACUAGAUAGAUGAGAGCGCUGGAUGGAGCCGCAUCUGUCUUUCUCUCAACCAUCUAGUCCUUAAAGAGAUCAGUGCUCCUGAGGAAGAGGAAGAUAUUUAAGAGUGUUGGAAAUGGGACUUCAUAGCACACCUGAGGGGGAGGGGGGAUAGAGGUUUGGGGGAAGGGGGUUACCAUGGCAUUGUGGGAAGAGCAAAUAACUGUUGAUGAAGCUUGCCACACAUUGAGGGAUAACCUUUUGAUUCCGUGUUAAACAUGUCAGUCUUGGAGAACUUAAGGAAAGUUGUAGGAUGGAAGGAAAGAGAGAAGUUUAAUAUUGCAGAUUCAGUGUCAAGGGAAGAGGGUGUGUGGCCUUGGACUGUAGCCCCAGUUCAGGUUCUUUAAUCUUCUUCCGUUUCCUCUUAAAAUGACAUGCAUACUAUGAAAGAACUCAAUGUUUUCACAGCUUUUUAGUGAAUUCUCACCAGCAGUUACCUGUAAAGACAGUUAGUGUUAAGCCAUUGGCAUGGUUAAAUUAGAACAAUUAUUAAUUAUCAAUUAAAUCUACUAGGUUAUUAUGGGAUGGAACUAAAGAGAGCUUAAAGAAUCAGCUUUGGCUGCAGUCUAUGCCUAAACACUUAACCUGCACCCUCUACCCCGGGAGGGGGGGGAGAGCCCAAGCUUUUCCAGUUAACUUGCUAUUUUCUUUGUUUUAAUUUAGUUGUUUUCUUGCUAGAGUUGGUGGGGUGGGAGGUUUGGUUUGGCAUUUGAAUGUUAUUUGGCAUAUAGCAAGGCUGCAUAUCGUAGGAAAAUUGAGAGAACGACUCAAGUGUUUUGAUAGAGAAUUUGUGACAUGCCCUCUUAACCCAUUUUGCUGGAUCAAUGGAACUCUUUGAAAAUCAAACCUCAGCUUUUUCCUCCCUUUUUAUUUCUCUCUUCUCCAGCUAUUUUGAGUUAGCGGGAUUCUACGCUGUACAUACUUAUUUUCCAGUACACAGAACUGUCGGACUACCCAUGGCAGUCACACUGGGCUUCAGGUCAUAAGCAAAGAUUAUAAAAUGAGCAGUUUCACCCCUGCGGAGUACUGUAGGCAGGUUUAGGUAGCUACAGGUCUGUUUUUUGAGGGGUUGAAGAAUGAAGCUACAAAAAUACCUAGUCGACUUCUUGUUUUCCUUCCCCAAUCAACCAUACAGCAUUCUCUUAUUGACUCCCUGACUCAAGUAGACAUGUUCCUUAAGGAUUUAUUAACUGUAAUUAAUGUCCAUCUGCCAUCCAUCUCUAAUUGUUUCUCAGAUAUUACUGAAUGUCCGUGUAAGAGCUUCAGUGGUGAUGUGAGCAGCAUAGCCUUGUAGUGACCCUCCACUAGAGCCUAUGACUACACAGCUGCUGAAUCAACAGUGGAAAAGAGAAUUUUAUAUAGUAAGAAUUAAGUAAAAAUGUGCCUGGUAGUUGCAGGUUGCUUUCUCUCCCACUCAUUUUUUCAUUUCCUUUUGUUGUACACUCGUUUUUCUCUUUCUAUAGGGAGGGGCAGGGACACAAUGUACAGCUCUAGAGGUUGAGGGGAAGGAGUGAGAGAGCUGAAGUCUUAAUGAACAUUCCAUUAUGUCUUAAUUAACAUUCAAUUACUGUUUAUCAAAUCUAUGCAAUCGUGUAUCCAGAACCAACAUGCUCUGUAAUGAACGGCGGGGGUGAUUUGCAAUCGGAAGUGUUGAAUUCAAGUGAGAACAAAUUAAGGGUAGAGGGAGGGAAAAGGGUUGGUCAGAUGGGCUUCAUAAGAUUUGAACAGACUUGGACCAAAAGCCUCCCCUUACGUCUGCAAAGUUGAAUAAAAGCAUUUGGAAUUCUGAUUUUUUUCUUUUUCUUUUGUACUCUUUAAUAUCAAGCGUUAUCUGCUGUACUGGAAAUUUGCAAAAACUGCUUUCUGUCUCGAGAUGAAAAGUGAAUUUCACAUGCACACAUAAAGUUUCCUUAUAAAAUAUUACCACUUUGAAUUA